UUUAUUAGAUUCUAUUAAAAAUGUUAUCUCGAGUUGGAAUUAUUUGAUUGAGCAAUCCGUUUUCGAUAUCGAUAAAUUUUACCAAACAGUUCCAAUUGGCGUCGACAACACUCGAUUGUGUUAACUUUUGUAAUUAUGGGCUCUUCUCAAAGUAUCCAAAUACCCAAAUCAAAAAUGGAAGAUUAUUUAAAAUGGACUUAUUUGAAUGAGAAAGAAAUUUUGACUUUGUACGAAAAAUUUGAAAGUUGUUUUUAUACAAAUCGGGAUCCAAAUUUUAUCUUAGAACAACGUAUUCACGUCAAGGAAAUUUUUGAAAAAAUCCCACAAAUAAAGUAUAAUAUAUUUUGUGAUCGCAUCAUAAUCGUAUUCUCCUCAAAACAAGACGGUUGUUUUUCUUUUGAAGAUCUUUUAGAUUUUUUUUCAGUUAUGUCAGAUAAAUGUCCAGUUCAGGUUAAAGCUAGAUGGGCCUAUAAAUUAUUCGAUUUUAAUAAUCAAAAAGAAAUAAAUCCUGAUGAUAUAAGAGUGUUAAUCAAAAGAUUAACAAGUUCUAAUAGUGAUCAAAAACUUUCUGAUGAUGAUGUGGAAAAUAUUUUACAAGUGAUUAUGAGUAAGAUGGAUGUUGAAGAUAACAAUUCAAUUGGCUGUCAUGAAUUUGAACAUGUUUUAAAAAAUUUAAGUCAUUUUGAAAGCGCCUUUACUUGUGAACCAUAAUAACGGGUGUUUAAUAAAUAAUAAUUUAGAGUUUAGAGAGAAACAACUCAACCUUAAAAUUGUGAUAAAAAUUGUACCCCUCUGGUUUUUUAUUGAUUGAAUAACCGAUAUUUAUUCUUAACAAUGUUUGACUAUAGGUUUUUAUUAGAUACAGAGUUAUAGAUAUUUAUUAUUUUCUAUUUGACUAUUUCAUGUUAUUUUAAAUUUUUUG